AUGAGCGCCGACGAGCACGAAGAGUCGUGCCGGCAGCUGCUGCAGGCCCUGAAAUGCACCGCCGAGGGCCUCCUCGCAGGACACUCGACCAAUGUGUGGAGUGUCUACGGCGGACUGCAAAGGCUACACUCGGCCGUCCUCAAGAUCUUGCAGCAUGGCCUCAAGACCCGCGAUCCUCAGGGCUUCCCUGAUCCGUGGGCCUUUGUUGAGGCUCUGCAGUGGCUGCAGCCAUCGUUGGCCACCUCCCCGCCCUUCCGACAGCCCCUGCUGAAGAUCCCACAGGCCACACCCGAUGAAGACACACCGAGUGAAUCACGCCGGAAUGAUCAGUAUUCAGAGUGGCUUUUUAAAAGCUUGGAGUCUCACACUUUGUCUACCAAGUUGUCUUGGCUGCUCUCCGACCGGAGUCACCUAGAAACGUGCUUUGAACCUCAUGCAUUUUUUCUCCAAUCAAGGCACGCUGAGGCUGCCUUAAUUUGCCUCAGGGCUGUUGAACAAGGCCAGCCUUCCCUUUUGAAUGACUUGGAUCCAAGAUUGUACCUGAGUGAACUAAGCACAAAGCAAUUUGUACGAUCGCACCGGCGCUGCUCGUCGUUUCCAGACAACGUGCGGCCAUUCAUCAGACUGAACCGCAGAUCAACCACGCUGCCACACCUGAAGCUGCUGACUGUGACCAAGCUGACGCUGGAGCGUCAGUGGAACAGUGAGCCCUCGCUUUCCAGUGUACCCAAACCAAAGACCCGCUUCCGGAGCUCUACCGUUUCGAGCGCCAACCUGACGACAAAAUUCGACGCUGAGGUAGCUUUGCGGAAGCUGAAACUCGGGUGCCUGAAUGAGAAACACAAAACCUCUAGUCCUGAUAAGGUCGACUCAAAGACUGAACCGCUGAAGAGACCAACAAACCUCACACUGAGCACAAUCAUCCAAGAGGACACGCCCAAGUCAGUGGAAAAGGUGUCCGGCGUCAGUUUGCUGGUCGAGCCGUGCUCUGAAGCCUUGAGCCAGGAAAUUCCUAUUUCGCCUGCUUCUAACUCAAACAAUACCCUUUCAAAACUGGUCACCCCGGUCAGUUCGCUCUCCAUCUCUCCACAACUGAUGUCGACUGCGUUUUUGUCCACGGCUUAUGGUUCUAUGGACAGGAAAACAUCUGAAAUCACCAGUUUUUUGGAUGGCACUGGAAAGUUCUCUGAUCCAGCUGAAGAACUGUGCAGGGAAAACGCACAUUUUAGUGUUUCAGAGGCGAUGAUAGCAGCUAUCGAAAGAGCCAAAUACGAAAGGAGUGAGCGCAAGGCCAAUCGGAUCCUGAAAAAUGAAUCGGCCACUGAUGACACUCUUAACAGUGACGAAGAGGAUGACGUUGAGAUUGCUCGUUUGCAAGAGAAAAUCCGCGCGAGGAGAAGAGAAAUGGAACAAAAAGAGAAGAGAAUUGCUCGCUCAAGGAGGAACAUCAGACUGAGACAGAAGCAACAGCCUCUCACCAGUGAUGGCCGCACAGACACUCCAAACACCGACCAGUCCAGCAUCACUCCAUCGUCAUCUCCGUCAUCAGACAGUGACAAGGAGGACUCGCAGGAUCAUUUAAUUGAGUCUGAUCAACCAGGUGUUCCAGGAGACAAUUUGGCUCGUGUUGGCGUGUCUGGCUUGUCCAUGUCCCUUGCUUCCCUCUACUCUGAGUCAGAGUUAGCGUCGAGGCAGCCACCAACUUGCAACUUGGACGAAAGUAUUCAUUCGCAUAAGGGCACGGCUGAAGGGGUUGCGUUUGCCCUGCUCAGUCGGUUCAAAGGAAAAGUGAUUCCAAAUGAGUCAGAGCUCCAGUGGCUAGUCUCAGAAAACGACGUUCCACAGAAGCUUUUGCCUCUACCAACAAGCUGGCCAGUCAAUCCUGACGAAGCUGAGGACGAAGACAUGACAAGGGCGACUCAGUUGAGGGGCAACCUUCAGUGGGCGCCUCCAAGAGCUCAGAUAAUUUUCCAUCCUCACCCUUCUCCAAAUAGGAAGAUUCUGCUUGCCAAGCAGAACUACAUGUGCGCCGGCUGUGGGAUGAAAGUGGAGCAGCAAUACGCCAACAAGAUGCGCUUCUGCGAAUACCUGGGCCGUUACUUCUGUACUGGGUGCCACGGGAACCAGCUGGCCCUGAUCCCAGGCCGCAUCAUCUUUAAGUGGGACUUCUCGCGACGCCCAGUGUCCUCCUUCUCGUAUCGGCUGCUCGACCAAAUGCAAAACGACGCCCUCUUCCAACCCGAAGACCUGAACGCGUCCCUCUUCGCCAAAUCGCGGCAGCUGGCCAAGUGCAAAAUGGUGCGCAUCCAGCUAGCUGAGCUCAACAGAUUUAUUAGCAACUGUCGCUUCGCCAAGGAUGAUCACAACAAACUCGCCAGGGAACCUAGUCACUUGACUCAGAAUCCGGAGGUCUACUCGAUGGUUGACCUCUUGCAAGUUAAGACUGGAGAAUUAGUAGCGCGUCUGCAGCAACUGGUCAACUCGUGUCAACAACACGUUGUAGACUGUAAACUGUGCAUAGCUCGCGGCUUCUACUGCGAAAUAUGCAGAAAAGACGAAAUUUUGUUUCCGUGGGAGGUGAGCAAGGUGUUGCGGUGCCGGCACUGCGGCUGCUGCCUUCAUCUGACGUGCUGGCACCAAAGCAAUAGUCCCCCGCCCAAUGCAGCUUCGCCACAAGACUGUCCUCGAUGUCGACGACUCAAGGCUCGUGAGCAACAAAAGUGAACCACCCACGCUUUUUAUAGAAGUUUUAAGGUAUCGGCCUCUAUGAUGAACUCUAACCGCAGCAUUUUCAUUCCACGUCGUGUCUAGUUUCGUUUAGAUUAAAAUAUUCGUGAUCGAUAUGUUCAUUAAACUGUAUGCGCGUAAAUUGAGGAUUCCUCUUUCUGCCAACCCUGUCGAACGAAAUGAAAAUCUUUUGUAAAACGCGUGCGGAAGGGUUGCCCGAGAUAAUUAAAGCGGCGCCGGCCGGCCUGAAUGGGGGGGCAUUGUUGCCCGCUUGAUUAAGUUUAAGCAGCGAGCGGAAUUGAAUUUGCUCCACUAUUAGCACGUGAGGCAUUCAGUCAGUCAAUCAUAAUGUUGGCCAGCUGACCCUGGUGCAUUUGAAUUGUAAAUCCCCUAUUACCAGCGGGCAUUAGCGCCCCAAUUCAUUUCAUUAGGCCUAGCGGGGAUUAUCGUCGCACUGCUACUGUGAUACCACGCGCGUCUCCCUACCGGCAAACUGACCGACGCCUCUUUCCACGCUUUAUUUCGCAGCUGAAAAUUUCAUGUGUUGCACCCCAUUCAAUUAUAACGCAGUAUUGUUGCGUUUGCCGAAAAAAGAAGACAAAAGAAAUUAAUUGCUGGUGGGAGUGCAGAAAAUCAUUGUCGACAACUCUUUCUUGGGAGAGAAGCACACAAAUCUUGGAAUGUAAAGUUAAUUUGUUCAGGCAAAAUUUUAAAAUAAAAUACAGGUUGAUUAAAUUUCUACUUUUCUUCUCAAAAUUCCCCUCUUUGAAAACAUAAUUUGCAAUUGAAAAUU